AUGUCUACGUUCGCGAGGACAGGUUUUAACGCCUCUGCGUACUCUGCAUCGCGUCCCAAUUACCCAUCCAAACUCUUCGAGUACAUCUUCAACUAUCAUAAACACUCGGGCAGCGCUCGAUGGGAGCGAGCGGUUGACUUGGGGUGUGGUACAGGUCAAGCAACUCCACAUCUAAGCCCAUUUCACGAAGUAAUUGGAAUAGAUCCUUCCGAGGGGAUGCUUCAAAGGGCGCGCACUUAUGUUACUUCUUUGGAUAUUGCGCCCAGCGGGAAGGAAGAGAGAUUCAAAUUCCUCAAAGGUUCGGCCGAAGACCUGCAAUUGACCGUCGAAGAUGGAAGUGUAGAUUUAUUGAUCGCGGCGCAAUCUGGACAUUGGUUCGAUUGGUCAAAAGUUUGGCCAGAAACACAACGUGUUCUGCGUAAAGGAGGAACGGCUGCGUACUGGGUCUACGCGGAAUUUCGCCUGCCAGCAUAUCCUUCGCUGACACCGCUGAUUACAUCCUACCAUCAAGGCUCAGAUUCCAGGAGUAGCGUUGGAAUGUAUUUUCAACGUCCAGGAAGGACCAUAUUGGAGCGGAUGUUGGUUGACGUGCCAGACCCCGCCUCUGUACUUGGGGAAAAAUCUGAAUUGGGGGACGUGCAGAGGAUGUACUUUUGCGGAACUGAUAUUCCACCGCCGGUAACAUUGCCACCUGGCCACAAUCCUCAGCCUUCACUCAUGCGUAAAGAAAUGAGCUGGCGUGACCUUUUGGGAUACUUUAGGACUGCGAGUGCACUUCAUACUUAUCAUGAGAAGCAUCCAGAAGAUUUGGAUUCCGAAGAGGACGCGAGGUUCCUGGCGGACGAUAUCGAAGCGGACUCGAAGCGGCAAGCCUCAAGGGUGAAGGCGGACGCGGAUGACUCGGAAGCCUCGGAAGACAUAUCUAUUCGAGGCGGCGACAUUGCCAUUCGCUUCUGGAAGGACUUACGACAAGGUGUUUUGGAAUCGAACCCAAGUGCCCCAGUAGGAGCCGAUGAUAAGGUACAAGUGGAUUGGCCGUUAGCCCUUAUCCUUACAAGACGGAAUUGA